GCCAUGUCCCCGACAGGUCGAACGCUGCUGAUCUUGAGCUCUGUGGCCAGUGUGUUGGUCAUCACGUUGGUUGACAUUGCGGGGGGACUUGCGGUCGUCAAGACCCUGCUUGGAGCCCACAACUCCAAAAUUGGGACAAACCAAUACAAUGCCCCCACGGUGCCUCGGUAUCUCAAGAUGCACAUCAGCAACCGCUCGCGACAACUCCAAGAGGUAGCCGCCGCCGCCGCCGCCAACCACCGCAUCUUGUACAUCGAGCCGAGCUCGUCCGACCAGUUGGAGUACGCCAUUGCAUACACUAACUGCACGAGCCACGGCGGGUAUCUAGACAGCGACAUCAUCUACACAGAUGGGGUACAUGCUGCCCCUGCUGCAACGCAUCCUCGAUGGAAUGGGCUCGUCGUCCAUCAAUCUCGUCGCAACUCCGUUGACCCACGUAGUGUGGAUCGACUGCGGCUACGACGGCCGACGGUUCCAGGACACGUCCACGUUCAAGGCGUACGUGGUGGACAUCCACAUGACCCAAAUGAUGUCGUUCGCGCUGGUGACGAUGAACGCGUGGCGGUCCAGAUUCAACAUGGAAGUGCAGGUGGGGGCCGUGAUCGUGUCAACGGCAAACUUGAGUCAGUUUGCCCUUGGGUCGAACGGCAAGUACGGUGUCGUAUACGCCGGUACGUCCAAGUACCACACGCUCGUGGCGAUAGACUUUCCAUACGAACACGACACUCCGUUCCACGACACGAUUGCGGACGGCGUCCUCCCAACCAACCAAUAUCAGUGGCGACUCAAGUCGACCAACGAGUCACUCGCGAUCAAUGGGUAUUCCGGGUACUAUCGAGGCAACCAAGACGACCAGGGUAGCUUUGUGCGGUAUGUGCUCGGCAUGUCGGGUGAUCCAGUGCGCGACUUUGCCGAGGAAUUUUUCUCGUCAUUAGGUCACAGCAAGGACUCGUGGGCGUGGGUCCAAGGUCUCGUCAUCGCCUUCGUGUGCGUUCGCACGUGGUUCCGUCUCGCCGUCGCGGUAAACGUGGCGUUUGUCACGUGGUUGGGUCGUCCUCUCGGCGACCGGUGGUGGCUGCCGGACGUGUUUGCCGGCCGCGUCCGCCACCUCGUGGUAGCUCGCGCUGUGCUCAUCCUGGUCACGUUUGCCAUCAAUCACUUCUGGUCCUUGCACGAAUGGAUGUUUACGAAGGCGUUCGCGCGAUACAAGCUGACGCCAAUGUUUUCCCUGGGCGACGGCGUCCGGUCCGACUUUCUCGUGCUGUUUCUGACGUGGACUGAAGUCGUGGCGUCGCUCUUGAACGUGCCCAUGGCCCCCAUUGUACCGAUCGUCGUGUACCUUGUCUGCUACGAGUACAGCCAAGUGUUGGUCGCGGCGCUUGACUCGACGAGCAUGGAACACGCCGUCCGAGCAGUCAUCAACGACAUGUACAUUCGCAACUUGGUUAAUUUUUCGCCCACAGGUAUGAACCUGUGGACGCGGUAUCGCUUGACAGGGGACGACCCCCCCAGUUGGCUAUUCGCCACCGAGUUCAUUUGGUUCUUCGCGCCUUGUCUUGGGAUGGUGGGCCUCCUCUUGGCGUACAAGUGUGUGCUGCUUGUUGUGACUCUCCCCCGGGCCGUGGUGGAUGCAGACAUUUCUGCGGUCGCGACUGUCCCGGCCGACCAAUUGCACACCAUCGCCACGGUCCCCCUUGGGUUUCUCGACCACUUUGUGUCCGCGUCGCCCAUGCGAGGACUGGUGAGCGUCCGCCCCAUGCCCUUUCAGUUCGAAGCAACUGCGUUUCAAGUGGACAAAUCCAACCUGUGGCGGGCGGGGUGGGUGCUUCUGGACAGCCAAUUCCUGGUCUGCAUCGACGACCUGCCAAGGAUUUUCCUCAAUGUCGUGGCCGGCGCCACCCUGGUCAAGAUCUAUUGCUGUGCGGUGGUGCUCGACCCCGAGACUCGCAAGUUGUUUCUCCUGCCGCGACUGGUGCCGCUGUACACGGGCGACCUGUCGCUGCGGAGCCUCUUUUGGCUGCGGCUGGACACGCUCUGGGUCAAGAAGGUCCUAGUCGGCGAGAACCUUUCGACCUCACGACGCAUGCCCGAAACAUACAAACCAGACAAGGUGACACCUGAGGCUGGACCAAGGCCGCAAGACAUUCGUCCUCGAACGAAUGGCAAGUGACCAAGUGGUAUUAUCCUCUCGUACAGACGGUGGGGGUAACUCAGUUUGACAGCUACGAGCUGACGUACCGACGAACAUAUUGAAUUCACCCACCUCCAAACGCAACAUAUAUUUU